UCUAUACGUAAUCACGUCUCACAGAACGCAAAUGAGGGCCCACAUUCAGAGUGGUUUAGGUGUCCUUGUUAACGCCUGAAAAUGAGGUUAUGAAUACGGGCUUGUGCUGUGGCCACUGCUGGCAAAGGACGGUAAGCCCCGCGUUACCCGGGUAACCGGUGUUUGUGUGAGAAGUUAGAGAACAGAAAAUAAGAAUCCAUAUCUGAAACUUCUCUGGCGUCAUCCAGGUUGGACAUGGAACAGGGUAUGAAUGAAUUUUCUCCUACAUCAUGUAUUGAGGCAUUGUGUGCCCUGCUUAACAACUCUGCAGCGGAGGAGGAGGAGGAGGAGAACAAUCAAGGACUUACCUCUUCUGCAUUAGUUGGACCUGGGGACAUUGGGCCGUUGAAAAAGCAGGAACAGGAAUUUAGCACCUCAACACACAAGGAGAUCUGGAAUGCAUUGGAAGUGCCCGAAGGAUCAGAGUUUGACGACUCUUUGGACCCAAGAGAACAACCUGAAUAUGAGAUUCUUUUUAAGCAGCAAGUUGGUUCUGAAGAUAUCUUUCUGGGCAUGAGUCGGAAAGACCCAUCAACAGCCUGCUGCGAAUACAUGGUGGUCCGAAUCCAGCUCCCCAACACAAAGAGUACUGAUGUGUCACUUGAUAUUAGGAAAAAGUUCCUUGACCUCCGCACUCCAAAAUUUAAGCUGGGAUUGCAUCUUCCCCAUCCAGUUAAUGAAAAAAAUGGAAAAGCUAAAUUUAUGGUGGACAGAGAAAUUCUGGAAGUGACCCUCGCUAUGGUUAGAGAUUUGGACUUCAUCAACCUUUCAUAAGAUUGAAGGAAUCCAUUUGUUGUCUAUUAUAGAUCACAACUUUUGUCAGCAUUUAUUACAGAUAUUGAUGUCAUGUCAUAUUGUUAAAUAUUUUGUUUAAUGUUUUUGACUGUAAUUUACCAUUUCACUUAUAUUGAAUUUAACCUUUGCAAAUGCACUGCUAAUUCACCAGUAUUCCAGUCAUAGUUAAAAAGGAAAUAAGAAUCAAAUCAGUGUUGCAUAUUUGUAUACAGUUAUUUUAAUACUGUAAUGCAUCAGUCUUUCUCUGAAAUGUGUGCUGUCCAACUGACGGGAUGCAUACUUAUGGUGUUUGCUAUAUACAGUUUGGAAUAUCUGUCAUAUGUAGUAUGCACAUAAAUAGAAUAUGAUAUUUAGACAAAGGCAAAGGUUGAAUCUCCCUGUGCAAAUCCUUGGUUUGUCAGAGCACAGGGUCCACAGUCCUUAAAUUAUCCCACUGUAUUUACAGCACUCGUUAUUUAUUAUAAUACACUGCAUUCACUGUACUACACACAUAUAUAUAUAUAUAUAUAUAUAUAUAUAUAUAUACAUGGUAUGCAUGCUAGCCAUCCUGACUGUAAACCUUCUUAUCCUCUGUUGUAUUGUAUAACCUAUUCUCUGAUGUACAAUAUUGAUAAUUUGAAAUACAACAAGGUUAUAUAUAUAUAUAUAUAUAUAUAUAUAUAUAUAUAUAUAGAGAGAGAGAGAGAGAGAGAAAUAAAUAAAGACAAUUUCAUCGCUAUGCCAGUGUAUACACCAUAAGCAUCAAAAAGAGUCCAAAUGACAAUGUUUAGGGCAUACGACAUUCCACUCCUCUGGAACGGCCAAGCUCCUUGUCUGGAUGCACACCAACUCCACCACUCUAAUAUCUUAAAAAAAGACGAGCGCCUGAGGAAGUCAGAAGGAUAGGACAUGCGUUGGAUAGUUCCUGCUGUAUGAUGGUGACUAAGAUAAGCUAUCUUUUCUCUUCUUUCAUGUACGGGCUUUCACUUAUGUCCAUGUGUAAACUGUAUUAAACUAUGUAUUUUUUGAUUAUUUUUUAUGGAUCAUAAUAAAAGCCCUUGAAACUGCA